AUCAGCUAAAAUGAUCAAAGCAGGGUGCUCUACCCAUUUUACUGUAUUGGUUCACAGUGUGGAUUGAAGUCGAUGCAGUGACGAGGGGAAGCGGGCCCAUGGAUGCAACCAAGAGCCUGCCGUGGGACAAAACCCUUUGGGGCGUCCGGGCGGGAUGGACCGACAGCCCCGCCGGAUAAGCAGUCUGAAGCGAAAUACUUUAUAGUACUUUAUAUAGAGUCAACUUCGGUUGAGGAAGGCUGGAGAAUCUGAGUAGGAAGGUACCUUCAAGUAUUGCCCCUCAAGCCAACGUCGAAUGGCAUCUGUUACGUAAGCGAGGAGGGGUCGCGUUGUGUCCGACAGGCGAGGGGUCGAUAAGUCACUGACAACCUCUAAAGGAUUAGGAGGGGAAAAUGACAUGAACUUACCUACGAAGAACAGAGGACUCAUUAAUGGGCAGGCGUUGAACUUGAAUAAGGGUCUCAUCUGCAUGAAACGGCUGUCAGCCUCAAACAUGUCAAUGAUGAAUGUGCCCAUGGUUUCAGAUAUGGGAAAGCAAGAAGACUUACCUACCUAUAGGUGUCCUUGGACAAGCUUGACAACGCGCCGUCUACGACAUCAUCCCGCAGCCGUCCUGCGGCAGCACUUGCGUCAGCCCAUGAAUGUGAAUCAGCUCGAACCCAAUAGCACUGCAUUCUCUCUCCACUCUAUGGGAGAUGCUCCCCACGCCCAUUCUUCCCACUUUUUCCUCUGUAUUUGGUUUUCUCGGGGGAGGCCAGUAGUCAUUUUGAAAAGCUUGCGGGGGUACAUAAUCUCUACUACUGCAUAUAAUAUUCCCGGCUUUUAUGCUCCGCUCGUAACUUUGGUCAUAGUCUUGCUUUUUCCCGCGUUAAAACCACACUGCGUGCAUUACAUAUCUACGUCUCUAAUCACCUUGCUUGUUCGUCCUUUUGAUUCACUUUUCAUUUCCCUCAGGUUUCAAUUUCGAUCAGCCUGGACUGCCUUGGAAAGUUGUGAGAGUGUGCUGCCCCGCCAAGCGCCCAAGCUCGGUAGCCCAAUCACGAUAGUCGGUGACAGAAACGCCUCGUCAACCCACGCCCAACCUCCUCCUGCUGAUGACGACGGGGUUUCCCUGGAUUUUUACUCUCUUCACUAUCAUCGCCCAACCACUCCCGCUUCUCUCUCCCUGUUCCUUUCUGCUUCAUUUUCACCCUGUCGCGAAACGCUUGGUCCCUGUCGUCGUUGGGCUCUUUGAAUCGUCUUGAAUGACCACUGACUGAUCUUUGCUUCUUCAUUUCCCUCUCACUGUGUUGCUGCCGGUAGCAACGGUGCUCCGUCUUCUAUGCAGAAUCUUUCCCCUUGCUGCUGAUUUAGAUUCGUACUUCGGUCAGCAUUACUGGUGUCU